CAGCUGUGAUGCGACCUCCCAGUGUCGCGACCGGGAAAUAUAAAUCAUCUUCAUGAGACGCUCCCUUCCGCGUAGUCCUCCCCUCCCCUUCUCUUUCGCGAUCAGCAGCCCUUCAUACACGGCCAACAGCUCAGGUCCUAGUUUGACCCAUCUGUCAAUUUGCUGUCAAAGACUCGUUAACUCGUGUCUUUCGUUAUCACACUCGCGGAGCCUCUUGUACCAAAUCUCUGGUUCCUCCCCCCGCUCCAGCGCAAGAAACUUUCCUCCAACUCAAGCCAUGAGUAACGCCGGAGGCCUUCAGGACGAUGUCCUGGCCAAGGCUCACGUUCCCCAGGCCACUGUGCAGGGCACCUCGAAGGAGACUCGCGGCUCAUUCGACGUGACCGCCGCCGCCGCCCCUCCCCUCGAAGACAACUACUACGACUCCAAGUCCGACGAUGACUACGAGGAUAAGCCCACCGAGGAGGAGCUGAGCACACUUCGUCGUGUCUCGGGUCCCAUUCACUGGGGUAUCUACACCAUCGCCUUCGCCGAGCUUUGCGAGCGUUUCUCGUACUACGGUUCCUCCGUCUUGUACACCAACUUCGUUAUGCGCCCCCUGCCUCCGGGUUCGACGACCGGCGCCACUUACGGUGCUGAUAUCCCCGCCGGUGCCUUGGGCAUGGGCCAGAGAGCCUCCCAGGGUGUUUCUUUGGUGAAUCAGUUCUGGGCUUACCUAGUCCCCCUCUUCGGUGGUUGGUUGGCCGAUUCCAAGCUGGGUCGCUACAAGGUCAUUCACAUCGCCAUCGCUGUCUCGACCGUCGCUCACAUCAUCCUGACUGUGGCCGCUGCUCCCUCCGUCAUCUCCAAGGGCAAGGUCGCCUUCGCCCCCUUCUUCCUCGGUCUCUUCAUUCUUUGCUGCGGUACCGGUCUGUUCAAGGCCAACAUCUCUCCCCUGCUUGCUGAGCAGAACAAGGACACCCGUAUGCGCGUUGAGACCCGCAAGGGCGAGCGCGUCAUUGUUGACCCUGCCGUCACCAACACCCGUAUCUUCCUGUGGUUCUACUUUGCCAUCAACUGCGGUGCCGUCAGCGGUCAGAUCUCCAUGGUCUUCGUUGAGAAAUACCACAGCUUCUGGCUGGCCUUCCUCCUGCCCACCAUCCUCUUCCUCAUCUGCCCCGUUAAGUUCGUCCACAUGUCAAAGUUUGCUGCUAAGCGCUCCGGCGGCAUUACCAAGCUGAACUGGGAGAACGCGAAGCCCAGCAACGUCCCCGUUGCCGAGCGCCCUAACUGGUUGACCUACGAUGACGCCUGGGUUGACGAAGUUCGCCGCGGUCUCAAGGCCUGCAAGGUCUUCCUCUUCCUGCCCAUCUUCUUCCUCGCCUACAACCAAAUGACCAACAACUUGACCUCCCAGGCCGGUUCCAUGGUCUUAGGUGGUGCCCCCAACGACGUUAUCCAGAACCUGAACCCCCUCUCUAUCAUCAUCAUGAUCCCUAUCCUGGACCACGUUGUCUACCCUGGUUUCCGCAAGAUGGGUUUCAACUUCACUCCCAUUAAGCGUAUGACCACUGGUUUCUUCUUCGCCGCCGCCGCCAUGGUCGCCGCCACCGUCAUGCAGCACUACGUCUACCAGAUGUCCCCUUGCGGUGACCUGGCCACUAUCUGCGAGGAGGGCCCUGCUCCCAUCAACGUCUGGGCUCAGUGUCUCCCCUACGUCUUCGUCGGUCUCGCCGAGAUUUUCACCAACGUCACCUCAUACGAGUACGCCUUCUCCAAGGCUCCCGAGAACAUGAAGUCCCUCGUCAUGUCCGUCAACUUGGCCAUGAGUGCUGUCUCUGCUGCCAUCGGCCAGGCCUGGACUCCUCUGUCCGAGGACCCCCUCCUUGUCUGGAACUACGCCUCUGUCGCCAUCAUUGCCUUCCUCGGUGGUGUUGCCUUCUGGUUCUGCUUCAAGCAUCUCGACCGAGAGGAGGAUGAGCUCAACCAACUUAAGAAGACGAAGUUCCUUGGUUCCAACCAGCCCACUGCCGCGGCUCAGGACGACCAGGUCGCCCAGACCCACGUCUCUGAGAAGGUUUGAACAUUCUUGCCCAGAAUUGUUCAUACUCCGCUUCCUCCCGCGGAGGAGCGUGUGUAACCUCAUUUGGUUGUAUGAUUUCCCGCGUCAAAUGAUUCCCCGGCAGUUGGUCUUACGGACGAGCGCCAAUACUUCUAGUUAGACAAGUGCACGAUAAUGCUUAUAUUAAUGAAAACACCUAUUCACCACA